UUGGUAUCCAAUGUGUCAAGAUGUACAAAUAAAAAAAAAAUCAUGUUUUGACAUGAAAUGGAUAUAUCCAUAUAUCUCUUACUCAUAUUUAUGAGAUGAUAAAAUAUGGCAAAACCUAUACCAAGAAUUGGUUCACAAGGAAUUUGAUCUUAACGAAAGUGACACAUCCUAUUAGAUGCUUCUGUAGUUUCAGAUUUCUAGAGAUGAAGUCAAAAGUAUGAAGGUUAGGUAGAGUUUGGUAAAAUUAGAUAGAAUAUGGUAGAAACCAUAAAUCUCCGAAUUAAAAUUUACCCUGAAACACACGUUUGUCAAUUUCUGGACUAGGAGGCAUGAUAUGAACUGAAAAUUAGGUUGAAAUGUUGGGUGAUCAUAUGAUGUUAUUGACCUUCUUAUGAUGCUUCCCAAGGCAAAAAGGCUUGUUUUAGAAGAAAUCUGAUUACAAUAGUAACAGUAAGCAUUAUCUUAUUAUCUUUGGGCUUGUAAUUUCGGCGAAGAUUCUGCCUUGUUUACCUCUUCGAGUUGCUCACUUGAUUCAAAAAAAGCCAGGUCUCUUGGCCCCAGCUAUAGACACCUUAGCUUUACCUUGCUUAGCCCCUGGUCUCCUGACAAAACUGCCCUUUUCCUCCUUUUCUAAAUUCAGUGUCGCCGCAAUUUCAAAAAAUUUAAGCGGGCCCUCCCAAAUUGGAGUUUGCUUGGUUGUUGGAAUUUGUAAAACCAAUUCCUUCACUUUUUGCUUCAUAUUUUGUUUAUUUUCUUUUGCUGCAAUCAUUGUUUGAAUUUUUUUUCUACUAUUCAUUCAUACUAAAUGUUGCAUAUUAUAUUCCAUAUGCUCAGUAUGUGCAUGCACCUCUUUAAUUAUUGUCAAAUUGGAUCCUGAAAUUACCAUAUUUAAUUGUCUAAGCAGUCAGGAGAAUUUCUAAGAUUUUGGAUCACUUUUUCAUGGGCUGUUCCUGGAACCAAACAAGUCUGUCCUUAUCCACUUGAGCCCAUCCAGACGCACAAAACCAGCAAAGUGGAUGGCACUUGCAUUAAAUUACCAAAAAUCCAGUGGCAAACUGGUAAUCAAAACCCUUUAUAAAUGCAUAUGGACAAGACCCCCCAGGAACCCCUCUCAAAAUGGUUGGCCCAUCUCAUCUCAAAGCCCCCCACUCCUUCCAUGUUUUCUCAAUGAAGUCACCAUCUUCAACCUUUCAACAAUCCAUGAAACUCAAAACCCUAAUCCACACCCUGAUCUUCUCUCACCUCUGCCGCAUAGCCCGAGCUCUUGCCAGAGCAAAGUCCAUUCUCAUCGAUGUCCUCAAGGAAAACCACCUCAUGCACAUGAAGAAGAAGAAACAGAAGAAAAUAUUUGGAUCAAUCAGGCUGCACUACAACUGGUGUUCUUCGCAUGUUAUGCCUGUGUCCACACCAGUUCUUGAUGGGUUUUCAACAAGCCAUUUGUACUAUGAUUCCACGUGGAAUUCUAUCAUCCCACCUGAGUGUGAGGACAUGGCCGAGAGGCAGCUAUCUGGGUACCUCCAUUGGCUAGAGGAGAAGAAGGUGCACGAUAACUCCACAGUGGAGCCAGACAUGAAUGAGAUUGAUAAACUUGCUGAUAUGUUCAUUGCAAACUGCCAUGAGAAGUUCAGGUUGGAGAAGCAAGAGUCAUAUAGGAGAUUCCAGGAAAUGCUAGCUAGAAGCAUGUGAGGGCGUUCGAUUAUUAUUAUUAUUUUUUUCUUUUCUCCUUUCACUUUCCCAUUCUUCUGUGUUUUUACAUUGGUAGGGUGAGGAAAGUUCAGUCAUUGAGUGGGUUGAGGUUUCUUCUUGUUCUUCUCUCUUACUUCAUUUCCAUGUCUUCUUUAUCCUUUUGGAUCAUGGGGUUGUUUGGAGAAUUGUACAUGAUGGGGUUUGGGGAUUUGUGCAAUUCUUCUCUUGAAAUUAUCUCAGCUUCAACUCUGCAACUUCCAGGUUUAUAUGAGUUCAAUUGAAUCUGGGCUUUAUCACUGAAAUUA